AACAACUAUCCCUAUGAUAACCACGCCUAUGACAACUUCUAAGACCACGACCAUGCCGUCGAUAAUAUCAACUACUCAGCCGACUACAACCAGGCCAACAACGACCACAACUGUUGUAACGAAUUCCACAACCAUGCCAACGACCACCAAAACUACUAAAAUGACCUCCACAACCACUCAACGGAGUACGACUACGCUAGCUUCAAAAACGUCGACAACUACAAAGAGUAGAAAGUAUCCACAGACAACAACACAAAAGACCACAUCACAUAUGAGAUCAACAAAUAUAAUGAAACAGGUUGCGACGGUCGUAAAUGUAUUUACGAAAGUUAUAAAAGCAACUUCAUCAUCCAUACAAAUACCGUCAACAAUAAGUACAUCACAAAAUGGUGAUUCUGUAAAACUGAGUAAAACGUCCAAUGUACACAAGAAAACCUCAGGACAUAUCUGCUUCAAAUCAGAACCAGUAAUUUUAUUAACAACAUUCUUUUCUAUUUUACUGUUUGCAUUGGGAGCAGUUGGUGGAAUAUUGGGAUAUAAGGUGAUCAAAACGAAAAAUCAACUCAAAGUUAUGGAUUCAUCAAACGAAAGUUUUAACAUAAAUUCUGAAAAAUGAAAUAAUUU